CUUACCAACUUUACAGAUAGAUAGUACAUGCGUGUCUGUCUCAGAAGAUAAAAUGGCCUUUAUUCCUGUGUCUCAGGAUGAGUUAAGCUGCCCAAUUUGCCUGGAUUUACUGAAGGACCCGGUGACUGUUCCCUGUGGACACAGUUUCUGUUUGACCUGCAUUACAGGCUGCUGGGAUCAAGAAGACCAGAAGGGUGUUUACAGCUGCCCCCAGUGCAGAGAGACCUUCACCCCAAGGCCUGUACUGGGUAGAAACACAAUGCUGACCGAAGUGGUGGAGAAGCUGAAGAAAACUGAAAUCCAUUCUGACGAUAAGGUUGUAUGCUGUACUGGAGCAAAUGAUGUGGAGUGUGAUUUCUGCACUGGGAGAAAACAUAAAGCCAUCAAGUCGUGUCUAACAUGCCUGGUUUCCUAUUGUGAAGUUCAUAUUCAGCCUCACUAUGAGGUGCCUCGCUUUAGCAAGCACAAGCUGGUGAAUGCUACCUCACAGCUACAGGAGAAGAUCUGCUCACAACAUGACAGGAUCAUUGAGUUGUUUUGUUGCACAGAUCAGAAGUUAAUCUGUAUGUUGUGUUCAAUGGACAACCACAACGGACAUAAAACUGUUUCAGCCAUAGCAGAACGGACCAAGAAGCAGAAAAAGGUGGCAAAGACAAAGGUGAAGAACCAGACACAGAUCCAGCAGAGAGAGAAGGAGCUAGAAGAGGUCAAACAGGCUUUGCAAACUCUAAAGGCCUCUGCACAGGAAGCUGUUGAGGACACUGAGCAGUUGUUCACUGAGCUGAUCAACUUCAUGCAGCAAAAGUGCUCUGAGGUGACCGAGUCGAUCAGAGCCCAGGAGAGGGCAGAGGUGAGUCGAUCUGAAGGACUCCUGGAGCAGCUGGAGUUGGAGAUCACUAAACUGAAGAGCAGAGAUGCUGAGAUGGAGAAGCUUCUACAGAAGGAGGACCCCAUUGAUUUCCUCCAGAGCAUUGAUGCCUGCUGCUCUUUACCUGUGUCAAGGAUGCAUUCCUGUAUAACUUUCACUCCACAUCUCUCCUCAACUGAUAUUAAGAGGUCGGCCCUUAAAGAAAUAGAACAAAUGGUGUUGGGGUUAAAUUUAGACCACAAAGCUACAAGCCAUGACUCCCAUCAGCCUAGUGAAAGCACACGUCCCCAUCCAAAAUGUGUUGUCCCAGAGAGAGACCACAAAGCUACAAGCCAUGACUCCCAUCAGCCUAGUGAAAGCACACGUCCCCAUCCAAAAUGUGUUGUCCCAGAGAGAGACCACAAAGCUAUAAGCCAUGACUCCCCGUCUUGUGAACGCAAACGUCCCCUGCCAAAAUAUCCCCUGCCAGAAUAUGUCUUCCCAGAGAGAGGCUUCAGGGUUGGGGACAAAGUCCGAGUGAAGGCUUCUGUUAAAAGUCCACACUAUGGCUGGAGAAAUGUCCCUCACGGUAGUGUGGGCGUGAUAAAAUCACUCAUGCGUUUAUGGAGUGGCAUGUUAGUGGACUUUCCUGAGCACACUAACUGGAUAGCAAAAACCUCAGCGAUGGAGCUGGUUCUGUGAUGUAUCACGUGUCCUGAUUUAAAGGUCAUGACCUGACCUUUAUGACAUGACCUAUGGGUUUCACGAAGGUUGUGAAAUGUAAGAGGACAGUUCCAGCGUUAUGGAUGUGACAGUUUGACUCAUAUUGGUAAACAAAAUGCCUUAGAGCAUUGACAAAAUCAGUGAAUUCAUUUUCAUAACUUGUAAUGUAACCUCUGUCCUCUGAAUACUGACACAUCCUCAAUUUCAUAUAAUCAUUUACAUCCUAAGAAUACCUGGAAUUUUAUGUGGAACGUUUUCAGUUGUUUGUUAGCUAUAUUAACAUUUCCCAUUCAUAAAUGUGGCCUCAUUUAUGUUUACCACCACCACCUAUUCGAAGCAUACUAUGGGCUUAGAAAUCGCCAUUUACAUAUACAUGACGUUUAUAAACGC